UUUAAUAAUAUUUAAAAUGUCAAUGAAUCAACCAACUGAUAUCUGGAAAGAUGAGGACUGAAUGGUAAAUGAGGAGGAUGACUCACCUACUCAUUCCCAUCGUCUUAAAGAGACUAAACAAUUUGUAAAUACCUUAUUGAUGAACAAGGGAGAUAUCACAACUGCUAGAAAACUUGAGUGAAAACUCGACAGAGACACAGAUAGGUUUUCACAAAAAGUCGUUCUUCCACAAAAAAUUUCACUCAAGGAUAUAAAAUCUACUGGCAGAGUUUGAAACUCUUUCAGUGACCACUUGAACUUGAUAUCGAAACCUAGUGAACAAGACACACUCUCAAAACCCCACAAGGCAUUUCACAAAAUGAGUUCUCUUCCUCCUGAUCUUUCAGGAUGGAAAAUGGUUUGAAAGAAGAAACAAGUGAUGGAGUCUCCAUUGCUUCUCUCAAGAAUGAAGGAGGGGUUGAAGAAAACCCAAGGAUUAUAAAAUAAUACAUACCACUAUCCCAUCCAGUAGGAUGGGUCAUAUUUUAUCCAUUUAUA